AUGCUGUUUUCGAGUUCAUCUACUUCACUGAGUUCUGAAGUUUCGCAAGUACUGUCGGAGAAUAUACCAAGCAGAUCUACGACUCUCACCGGAGAUAGUACACAAUUCCAAAUAAAUGAAGAUUUGGGUACUGAAGAUCUUACCAACGGUUUGCCAAAGAAAUUAAUUCAGUUGAAAAAAUUAAAAAAUGGUGGCACGACAAUUAAAAAGGCAAAGACGGAUCUUGAAUAUUGUUACGAUUCACUACGGCUUUACGAGAACCCCUAUGUAGCCACAUCAAGGGAUAAGAAAAGUGGUUACAGCAUUGAAUUGUGCCUGGAUAACAAAUACAAAACGUUAAUGUUUUGUGACUUACAAUUAAAUACCGAUUUCCCAGUGUAUUACGAUUCUUCAUUGGAAAAUGUAGCAGAAAAUAUUGAAAGAGAAAACGUCACCCCUCUUCAAAUAAGGGGGAAAAUAAGGAUACAUAUCGAUAGAGAUGAUCAGGCGCUUUUGAUUACUUCCCAAUCGAUUUCUCUGAAAUGCUUCACUAAGGAAUAUGCAUGUUUUGUUGAUUCGGGAACAGGCGAAAACACUAGCAGUAGCAAAAUCAUCAAGGAACUGAAUAAUACGGAAUUCUUCGAAUCGUCGAGCUAUCCCAAGCAGCAGUUGAAAGUCACACACCAUUCCUCAAGUGACCAGAAAAUCCUACUUGCAAGAGGCACGUAUGAUUACCCAUUUACCUUUACGCUUCAAGCAAACACGUUUCCAGCCACUUUCUCAUCCUUCUUUGGGAAGACACACUUCCGAAUAGAAAGUUCCACUUCAAUAAUGAGAAUACCAAGUAAACCUAAAGGCUUCCUCAAGUUCUCAAAAAAUGAGAAUAUCACAGAUAAGAUUAUUCUAACGGAAGAGAUUAAAGUUAAAAGAGUGCUGCCUUCAACAAACAUGCUCAAAUUUGAAAUGUUCCAAUUAAGGUCGUACAAUGCGGCAAGUGAUGUAGUAGUUUCUGUCAUCGGGAAUUCCAAAUUAAUUGAAAUCGGCAUACCCUUCCAAAUGAUCUUAUCAAUUGUAAAGAAAGAUCCAUCUGUCGAAUUACAUGACGCCUCUUUGGCAGUGGCUCAAAGAAUGGCAAUACCAAGUAUUGAUUUGAAGACCAUGGAUAUACUACCGGAGCCAUAUAUUAAGAAAUCAGAGUAUUUAUUAAGAACUGUCGAAAGCCAAAGUUUCGAUUCUGACAAAACAGUUUAUGGAUUUUGCUUUGAUGACGUUAUUAUUCCGAAUUAUGCCGAUGGCCUACCAAGCUGGUUUAAAACAUUUUACUUCGAAGCAAGUUCAUUCUAUCCCAAUUACGCUGCCCUCAAAGUGACCCAUUUACUGUUGUUCAGAAUAAAUUACAGCAAGAACGAAGUGAUUGAAGGCCUAGAAGUGAGGAAAACCUAUCGUGUUACAGUGAAUUUUCCAGUUUUUGUUGGUGAUAGCGAUAUUUCAACCAGCUCUUUGUUACCAAAAUAUGAAAAAUUCGAGAACAUUAGUGAUUUACAAGAUGAACCCCCUCUAUAUUCGACGGUAACAGUGGAGGGUGAUAACUGA